AUGACCGCUGUUAGAGCUUUAAUUGCUACUGCAGCUAAGAAAAACUGGGAGCUAUUUCAAUUAGAUGUGAACAAUGCUUUUCUCCAUGGAGAUUUGCAUGAAGAGCUAUACAUGAAGCUUCCCCAAGGGCUUGAAGUUUCUUCUCCAGAACUGAUCAAAGACUUGGGAAAAUUACACUACUUCUUGGGACUUGAGGUGCUCUACAGAAAUGGUGGAAUCUUGAUCUCACAAAGGAAGUUUACUCUUGAUCUCCUCAAAGAAUAUGACUGUCUCCAUGCUACCAGUUUGUCUUCUCCACAUGACCCCACAACAAAGUUAAAAGCUAAGGAAGGAGUACCUCUAUCUGAUCCUACUUUCUACAGGCAGCUAGUUGGGAAGUUAAACUUCCUCACCAACUCUAGGAUGGACAUAGCUUAUGGGGUGCAGCAUCUGAGCCAAUAUAUGCAAGACCCUAGAGAACCUCAUCUUCAGGCAGCAUACCAUAUGCUCAAAUACCUACUCAAGGAUCCCACCUUGGGUCUCUUCAUGUCCAGUGAUAAUGAUUUCUCAGUAAAAGCCUACUGUGAUUCUUAUUGGGCUGCAUGCCCUAACUCCAGGAAGUCAGUGUCAGGAUACCUUGUUCUUUUGGGCAACAGUCCUAUCAGUUAG